AUGACCACUACGACCACCACCACGCCGAUCCCCCCAGUCCCACCUGUUACAACCCUCCAACCGUCACCACCGCCGCCACAUCCACCACAGCGCCAGAUCCGCGCCCUCUACGACUCCACAACCAUCACCGUCUACCAGGCCUACCCGUCCGCCAUCGCCGACGCCGCCGUCGCCACGCAGCGCCUCUCGGCCUCGCCGGCCUUCAAGCCCGGCCGCAUGACGUGGAUCAAGCCCAGCUGGUGCUGGAUGAUGUACCGCAGCGGCUACGCGCUCAAGGACGCGCGGCAGGAGCGCGUGCUGGCGCUGCGCGUCACGCACGAGGGGUUCGCGGCGCUGCUGCGGAGGGGGGUGCUGACGCACGAGGUGGGAGCGAACGAGAGGAAGGAGAAGAAGGAAGGGGCUGGAGGCGGAGUGCGGGUGCAGUGGGAUCCGGAACGGUCGCCGCGGCUGGAGAGGUGCGCGUGGAGGAGCUUGCAGGUGGGGAUACCGCCGGGGCUGGUGCAGAGGUGGGUGGACGAGUGGGUGGUGGGGAUUGAGGAUGUGACGGCCCGCGCGAGGGGGCUGAAGGAGGCGGUGGAGGGGGAGGGGGAGGCGGUGGAUGAUGCGGAGUUGAGGAGGAGGGGGUUGCUGCCGGAUGAGAGGGUGUAUGUGUUGCCGGCAGAUGUGGCGGCGGUGGUGGGGGUGGAUGGGUGA